GGAGUUGACGCCUCCCCACGGUUGGAAGCAGCAGCGGCAGCUGACGAUAUGCUACUCUAAUUUUGAGACUCUAUGGUCACGGACGGUAAUAGCCCGCGCUAAGAGGUUUACUGACCCACUGCUGAGCACUGUGUCUGCCGCCGGAUUUUAACACAGCACCGAGGUUAUUAUUUAUCACCGCCAGUCACUGGUGACAGCCCUUCGUACUGCAGAGUUUUGACAUCACUUUCUUGAGAAUUCUGGUGAAAUCAGACUGAAGGAUCAAACUCGUCAUCCUUUCAUCAGCCCAGUUGCAGACUCCGAGGAGGCCCCAUGUUUGCUUGGAUAUGGCUGUUCUGUGUAUGAGAAAAAGACACAGGGAGCUGAUCUGAGGUCAAAGUUUUUCUCUCUACCCCCAACCCGAGUCACAUGUACAUGUGAGGUACCACCCCUGACUCUAAUAUUCAUCUAAGGAAAUAAAACAGACCAUUCAGUUUGAAGGGGGGAGAGUACAGAUAUUGUCCCUCUAGGUUGAGCUUUUUAACUGAUUUUCCUUUUAGUGAAAUUUCAAGUCAGUUUGUCCUACUGGAAUUAAAAUGCCAGCAAAAACUCCAAUUUACCUUAAACCUACAAAUCCCAAGAAAGGAAAGAAGUUAAGGCUCCGUGACAUUCUGUCAGGCGACAUGAUCAGCCCCCCGCUGGGCGAGGUCCGUCACAGUGCCCAUGUGGGACCUGAGGGGGAAGGAGACAUGUUUGGAGAUGUGGAUUUUCUUCAGGGGAAGAUGGACAUGUUGCCGUCCUCGGGCCAGACACAAAACAGCCAUUCACGCUCACACAGUGUGGUGACGUGUCAGAACAACGAGGGCAACCCUGCAAAACAAGACCCACACAAUUACUCCUACAAUGGUUACCAUUAUGAGCAGCCCUCCACAGGCCUGCUUAAGAACACCAUCUCCAUGCCCGUGUUCAUUGCCCAUGAACAGGCACCACCCAAACCCCCACGUCUCCACCUGGAUGAUCCGUCUGCGCCCUGUUUGCCUCCUCAGCAAAACCACCAUCAGCGUCACCAGCGGGCUGCAGAGAGGAGAUCAAAACAGGCUGAUUGCCACAGUCACAAAGAAAAAAAUCAGAACCAACAGCUAUCUGCUCUGUUGCUUAGUGAAAACGGUUUGUCGGGCCAUUUGGGAUCAGAGUCCUACGGUGACAUCUCAAUCUCCCCUGGUCUUCACAGGCUCGUCCCAUCCAACGGUUCAUUCUCAGAGGUUUCCUCUGAGGACUCCAUGUCCGAAACCUGCGGGCCCCUGGAGGUGCCCCGAGGCCUGAGUUUGGACUCUGACAUUGGCCUGAGCAACGAGGACCUGCGGAGUGACCGCAGUGAUUCUCCCUACGCUACCUUUCAUUCUGCUGAUCUCACCACACCGUCCAGUGUGUCACGCUCAGAAUCUAUGAUGGGACUUAACCUGGAUCUGGGUCCAUCCAUCCUAGAGGAUGUGCUUGGUAUCAUGGAACGGUACAAGCUGUGAAUGAGAAUGUUGAUGUGAUACACAGAUAUUUUUAUACUUGGCUUAAUAUAUGAUGAGAAACAUCGUGUAGAUGUGGUGGAGUGACAAGCGAUGGAACAUGUAGGGUGGAGAAAAAAGGUCUUCAGAAAAAAAAAGCACAAUGGCAGAGUUCAAAGGUAAUGAGAGACUCAGAGCUGAGAGGAAUGUGGAUAAUAUUGUGGAAGUGCUGGUACGUUUACUGGCAGACAUGACAACAGCCCAGGCAGCAGCCUGGGGUCUGAGAGCAUAUAUUAUAAUAUAAAAUGACUGAACGGCAGGAAAACAACAAACAAGAAAUUCAGGCUUCUUCACGUGCACACUCUCCACUUCUCUCUGUGCACGACGUCAGCUUCUGUCUGUGCACACACUGUCUUGCUCUUUAACUGAAAGGUCAGAUCCAAAGGCCUCUGUGGUGGAGAAGUCUUCGAAACAGCAGUGAAUAUUCAGCAAAAGCAGGACUUGCUUGUUUAUGAUGGAAACUAUUGUUUGCAUUUUUGCAUCAGAAUACACUAUAUGUUUGUUAUUCUAAGGUGAAUAAACUGAUUGUGCUGUAAGUCAGGCUGCUAUACAUUUCACUCUUUGAACAAAAGUUUCAAUGAUAAAAAUGAAUUGUUGUCUUUCAAAGCAGGAUAAUGUUGAAUGUGAAGAAAAUAGUUUUUCUUUUAAUAUCCUUCUAUUUUAAACCUUCAGGUAUAAGCUCUUACAGUUUUGGGAACAGCAGCCGAGGACAACAAUAUUUCCAAAGCCAACAAAUGAAUGAUUAAAUUGCAGAGCAAGCGCUACUGUGUUCAUCAUUUUAAGAUGUUAGUCCAUUGAUAACAUUCUUCACUGAUGUUUCUUUUUGCCUGUUAAACAUUCACUGUCUGCAUUAUCACAGUAGCCUACUAAUCACAUUUCAUGUAUGCUCUAAUGUAUGUAUUUAUCAAAAAUAAAUAUUUCUUAAAUAAAUGCAAUAAAAGUAAAUGUA